GUCACGUGAAAAAAAUACUCCCUGACUGCGAAGACGUAGGCCGAGGCUGGACAGAUGCUGUAAUUUCUAUAUGUAGAUGGGCCCUGACUUUCACUUAAUAUUCAUCGGUAUAUAAACCGAUCUACGUACUAUAAAAAAUUAAACAAUCCGCAUUGCUUUGGUAAAUACACCGCACAGUCUACAGUUUGAAACAAGGACACAAUCUGCGCUCUCUCGACAGAAAUGGCUUCUUUCAGCGGCUCAGAGUGGAGGGCUGUUUGCGAGAAAUUUCGCCGUGCUCAAACUCUUUCCGAUAUUGAAUCUAGGAAAGACCCAGAGACCGAUCCUUUCCGCUCUAAGUACAUCGCUAGAGAGAUUUUGAAAGAGAUAGCCAGCGAUCUGAAGAAUUUUGAUAGCGGGGAAAACGACAAUGAUGAUAAUGACGCCGACCAACCCCAAGAAGAGCCACUUCCAGAGGAAGGUAGAGAAGGAAAUGUUGGGAGCGGUCAUCCUGGUGAUUCCCCCGCCGGGUUUAGAGCAGCCAGGCUGGGGGUUAUUGAAUACUAUCUGGGAGUAAACCAUGUGGAGACCGAGGAACUUUCUGCAGGAGAAGAACAUUUGAUGAAAUGCCUUAGAUUGUUGAAUAAAUGCAGCAUAUCACAGGAGAACGUCUCCCUUUUUAUACACGUCAGGAAUCAGCUGGGUGUCUUGUGGGCCGGCCGCGAUGAAAUCGAGAAAGCGCAAGGGUUUUUGGAGGUUGCUGAAUCAAUGUACACCACGUAUAUGAAAGAGGUUGGACAGCCACCAAUGGACCUCACAGAGUUUUUCAUGGCAAAAGAGGAUGCUUUAUCACAGCAAGAGAAAACAAAGAGGUUUGAAAUGGCAUAUACCCACACUCUUUACUACCUGGCACAAGUGUACAAGAAUUUGGAGCAGUAUGAGAAAGCAGGGCGAUACUGCCACAGCACGCUACAGAGACAGCUGGAGUUUAACCAGUUUGUUCCCCUGGAAUGGGCGAUCAAUGCAGCCACACUUUCACAGUACUACAUCACCAAGUCCCGCUACAUGGAAGGCCGACACUGUUUAGCUGCAGCCACCAUCAUUGCAGGUCUGGCCGGAGAGGUGCCUUCAGAAGCGGCCGCUCAGGAAAAUGAGGCUGAUUGUGAAAAGCGGGAGCAGCUUCGUCAGAAGAGAGCUGAAAUUGCGAGGUGUUGGAUUAAAUAUUGCCUAAAUCUUCUACAAGAUGCGAAGAAGCUUCUGGAGGACAACAUUGGGGAGCUGGACCUGGACCGGCAGGCUGAGUUAAAGAGGGCCCGGCGGCAGGAGGAAGAAGAAAAGGAGAAGGGAUGGAAGAGUGCUGUGCUGUUCGGUUCCAGUGACACCUUUGACUCAAUCUGCAGCCUUGAAGAGAAGGUGAGCUGUGCCUUUCCCCUGGACUUUGAGGAAGCACGCGCUAUCUUCCUGGCAGGGCAGGCCCACGUGGCUGAAGCCAGGGAAUACUUUGAGAUGGACGGCCACGUGACGGACCACAUUGAGAUUCUGCAGGACCACAGUGCCCUUUUCAAGGCCCUGUCGUUCUUCGAAGAAGACCUUGAGCGGCGUUGCAAGAUGCACAAGAGGCGUGUCGACAUGCUGGAGCCCAUCUGCAAGGACCUGAACGCCCAAUACUACCUGCUCAUCUGCCGGCAGCUGCAGUUUGAGCUGGCUGAGACGUACUACGAGAUGAUGGACCUCAAGCUGGCCAUAGCCAACAAGCAGGAUGAGCUGGAUUCCCACACCAUCAAGAAGUUCAACCACCUCUGCACAGCCUCCAUAAAGUACUACCAGAUGUUCCUUGACUCCAUCCGCUCGCCCGAGGGGAAGUUCCCAGAAAAGCUGGAGGAUGACGUAUUGCGGCCGGCGCUCGUGGCCAAGUUCCGGAUGGCACGUCUCCACAGCCGCCUCAUCUCCCCCAGUGCGUCCACGCAGCUAGAGAACCUCAGCAGGUCCCUCGAGUGCUACAACUUUGUGGUACACUACUGUGAGGAAAAUCCAGAGGCCAAGAAGUCUGUGGAGACGGAGCUGGAGCUGAGUGAAGAGAUGGUCAGUCUUCUACCCCUGAAGAUCAACCGCCUGAGAACCAAGCUUGCCUCCUCAAACUGAUGCAACUCAGUGGUGAAAGCCUUACCAUUUCCGUGCACAUUCAUUAUACUAAUGUCUUGUCUUCACGGUUCAUUUCAUUGAUACAUGAUAAGCGUGAGGCUUCGUAGUAACAAGCAUGAACUGUAGGUAUCCAAAAUUGUAAAUUACUAAAUGUUCGUGAUCCCAAUCACAUUGUUGACAGUUUGUAUUUUAUUUAUUUUUUGUGAC